AUGCGACUGCCGCCGAUCGACACCGAUCCGAAUCGGUGCGAGCGCGCGUUCGUGGGGAACACGAUCGGACAGGCGAACGCGGUGAGCGACAGGGUGCUGGACCUGCGAAAGUGCGACUUGGCGAAGACGGACAUGUCGACGAAGACGCUGUCGGGGGCGUUGAUGGUGAAUACGAACGCGAAGGACGCGAACAUGCGAGAGACGGUGAUGAGUAAGGUGUAUGCGCCGGAUGCGAACUUUUCUGGGGUGGAUUUUACGAACGCGGUGAUCGACCGCGCGACGUUCGACGGGAGCGACAUGAUCGGGACGAACUUCACGAACGCCGUCAUCACGGGGGUGAGCUUUGAAAACGUCGAUCUCACGAACGCUGAUUUCACCGACGCGCUCGUGGGAAAGGAAGACGUGAAGCGAUUGUGCGAAAACUCCACGGUGGUGGAUGAAACGCGCAUGCAGGUCGGCUGCAGAAACUAG